AUGAUGCGUGCGCUCUUGCCGCUUGUUUUGCCAUGGGUUUGCCUCGCAGAGCCUUGUUUACCAGGUGAGGCGACCUGUGAGGGUGAUGUUGGUGAUGUCGCCACCUUCCUGCACCACAAGCAUCGCCGGAGCACCCGGAGCAGCGGCCCUGCGGUGCCCUGCUCAAGCAGCCUCUCCUCCGCGACGUGGCAGUUGAGGAAGCGCUUCGACGAAGUCUUUGUGGAGCUUUAUGGGGCCCCGGUGAACAAGAACGGCAUGUCGGAUACAAAGAUGCGUGAUCACUGGCCGGACAUGACGGUGCAGGGGAGCCAGCGUCGCACCAAGGCCCUUUCAGAACUCAUGGCGGAACUUGACGAUGCAUUUGCUGAUGCUGGACAGCCGCUCUAUGACAGGAAUGCCGUGUCCCGCAUGCAGAUGCUGGUCCGGGAGCGCCUCCGCGGGGAGUCGAUCCCUACGUCCUCGGACUUGCCGUUGGCACUCACAAUGGACCUCUUUCCCCAGGACGACCCUACUCCGAGCCAAAUGCCUUUCUACUACUACCCGGGCAUCUACCAAGCGCUCACGGCCGUGCGCGAAGAAUCGCCAAUGUCGAAGCCAGAAGGCUUGGCGAAGUUCCCAGCGUACCUGCGUCAAUGGUCAACGUUCCUUGAGGCCUCCCAGAAAGCUGGUGUGAUCCCGCAGCAGGCAAACUUUGAUCAUUGGUACGAUGCGUACACGUCUCCCGUGGACUGGAGUGUUUGGACAAAAGACCCGAGCCUUCUCGAAGAGCUUCGUAGCAGCCUCGAGGAGUUCCAGGCUGCUAUCAAGGGCUUCGCGCCUUUGAUCCCCAAAGCCUACGGCCCCGGCUUUGAGCGUGGCUACUCGGCCCUUGGGGCCGUCGGCCAGGAGAUCUUCGUCUGGCGCCUCGUCGGCUUCGGCAUGAAUGUCACAACGGAACAGGCGAAGCAAGUGGCCGAGGAGUCCAGAGCCGAUGCCGAGAUGAUGUCCCGGAAGGUGGUGGAGCUCGUAAGCCAAGCCUUCGGGCGGAGCAUGACGGCUGCGGAUGUGCUGGGAUUGAUCAAUGACCAAUCUGGACCCUUCUACUAUCAGAACAUGUCCUGGACCGACAUGACCAACAACCUCACCCUUGUCUACAACAACAUCCUCCGGGGCACCAGGUUUGCCUUCACCGAGCUGCACAACUGCAACACGGCCGUGUACCCCUGCGAAGUCUCCGGGGCAGUCCUGGAUAUGCAGCGCUGCGGCAACAGCCAGUUCCCAGCCUUCAUCCUGCAGACGCCCGCGUACGAUGCCAACGGCAACUGCGUAAACCAACAGAUCCUCGAACUUGGUCAGGGCCUGGACUGUCACGAGAACUUGACGAAGGGCUUGGCUUGCAUGGACUACAUGAUCCCGCUGAUGGCGGCCAGCAUGAUCCACGAAGGCUUGGGCCAUUGGCUCCAGGAGACCAUCUUCAUGCCCGACGCGUGCAACGUCGACCUGCCAGUUGUGGACACCUUCCAGGAGGGUUGGGGGCUGUAUUCCGAGAGCCUUGGUGAGGCGCUGGGUGCCUACGACAACAAGACCUUGUGGGGCAAGUUGAGCUUGGCGGGCAUGUACAUGGGCAGGGGCUUGCGGCAGUCCAGAUACUUCUUGGAGCACGAUGUCAACUAUGGCGACAUGACCCGAAGUGAAGCAGUGGCAGAGUGGAACAAAUAUCCCUUUGCUUCGCCCACACUUUACGUGGCGAAUGCCUGGGACUUUAUCAACAACACCUGUCAGAGGUCAACGUAUUGGCCAACUGCGAAGCUAAUGCUCGAGCAACGGGAGGUCGCACAGAAGACCCUGAGCGAGAAGGACACGCCCUUCAAUCUCCCGGUUUUCAACCACUUCAUGGGCACGCUGACGGAUCAGCUGACUGGCGACAUGGUCGGAGCGGCUACGCAGAGCUUCAUCGACUGCAGCGUGAAGGAGAACUGCUUUGCAAAAUGA